AUGAGCGACUACGAAGACAUCACAGGCGCAAUGAAGGAUCUAAACAUUGGUGAGCUGACGCGGUACCAACCCUUGAUAAACGGCUGCAACACUACUCAAUCUCACGGUGGUGGAGAAGAGCUCCGCCUUGCACCUCUCAUCUGGUGGGACGUCAAAACCCAUCUGGACCAAUCUGAGAACCCGAACGAUCAGCUCAAACAGUAUGCUGUUCUAGGCCACGAAUCAUCCGCCACAUCCAACAGCGUUUACAAGCCUGUCUUACUCAACACCAACGCCCCUUGGUCUUCCUUCCUCUGCGGAUCGCAAGGGAGUGGAAAGUCGCAUACGCUCUCAUGUAUGCUAGAGAAUUGCAUCUUGAGCACACCGAACAUUGGCAAGAAUCCGCAUCCUCUUGCAGGUCUCGUACUCCACUACGAUGGUUCACGCGGCAGCGGAGUGUGUGAAGCAGCUUACCUCUGCUCGCAAGUCAAGACGAGGGUGCUUGUCAGCGCGAGCAACUACGGGAACCUGAAGAGCAAGUAUGAGGACAUGGCCAAGAAAUGUGGUGGGACUAUUGAAGUGCAGAAGCUGUUGAUUGCCACUGAUCAUCUCGACACCGAGCGGGUGAAAACACUGAUGGCAGUGUCGAAGGAUGGGGAGAUGCCUCUGUACAUUCAGACACUUGUCAAAAUCAUUCGCGAUAUUGCGAUUCAGAGCGGCGGAGUCGGGACCUUUGACUAUGGGCGACUGAAAGAGGAGCUCAGGGAUCAGAUGUUCUCUGAACGACAGAAUCAACCUCUAGCGCUGCGUAUCGAUCUUCUGGAGAGCUUCCUUGACGUCAAGCGGUCGUCGCGAAAGCCUGGAUACCCGGCCCCAGCUUGGUCCAAGAGUCCCGACUAUCUGAAAGGUGCUCCCGGUGAGCUUCUCAUCGUGGAUCUGACUGAUCCAGUUGUCGACGUUGACAUGGCGUGUGUUCUCUUCGACACAUGUUUGUCCAUAUUUCUGGCUCAGACCAAGUGCGGGAAAGUUGUCGCACUCGACGAAGCGCACAACUAUCUGCUCGCGGAAAAUGCAUCUGCGAAACAGUUCACCGGCAAACUUCUCAAGACCAUACGCGAGCAGCGACAUUUGGGCACGCGAAUCAUCAUCGCAACACAAGAGCCAACUCUGGACACAUCCCUGCUCGACUUAUGCAGCAUCACUAUGGUACACCGCUGUACUAGCCCUGCAUGGUUUGAAAUUCUUAAGAAACAUGUCGCAGCUCUAUAUCUCAGUAGUGGUGAAGGCGCUGAUGGUGUUACGAAAUCUGACCAAAAGUCGACCGAUCGAACUCUAUUUGCGCAGAUUGUGGCGCUGAGGAUUGGCGAGAGUCUACUGUUCUGCCCCACCGGUGCGAUGAGGAUGGAAGGUGAAAAUGUUGGGAGAAUGUUGGACGGCUUCAUAACGUUCCGCACAAGACAGCGGCUCACUGCCGAUGGUGGUGCGACCAAGCUGGCUUAUGACACUUGA